CCAGGUGGAGCCACUGGCUGGCGUCUUGUUGGUCACGUGGGGGUCUGAGGAACAGUAGAGAAAGUGGUAGCUACAUUCCCAUUAACCGCAAAUUCAUGGAAACAAGCAGCUGCACUGUGAUUUCUCCUCGACGAACGAUCAGAUGAAAUUACAUCAGUUUUUUCUUCCGUGGGGCAAAGUGCUUUAACGAAGACUGCUUUUAAGUCACAGCGGUCAGCAGUGAUUAAGAAAAGAAAUGCGACUGUUUACAGACAUUAUUUGGUGGAAAACAGGUUUACUCACUGUGACAUUUCGCGAUUUUUCCCUCAGCUGUAUUAUCUUGUCUUGAGGUGGCUGUCUUUUAGACACGGUGUUCCGUUGUCUCCGCAUCCUCUAGCAUGAACUUGUAGCGUUGACGCCAGUAUAAAAGCUACCUGCGAGGACGUGGGCAGUCCGCCAUGAAAAUGAUGCAUCAUGGAAUGUGAGCGUCUAAACUUUAAGCAACAAUUCCACGCCGCGGAGAGUAAAAACAUGGAGUUUUGGUUUCUCCAGCAAGGUCUGCGCUAUUCCGCAAUGGCUCGAUUUGAAGACGAACUGUCCGGCCGCUAUGGAGGCGGCUGCCCCGCGGCCCCUGCCAGGGGGGGCAGCCGGCAGCCGGGGCCUCCGGGUGGCCAGAGGAUGUACAAGCAGACGAUGGCCCAGAGAGCCAGGACCAUGGCCAUUUACAACCCAAUUCCAGUCAAACAGAACUGCCUCACCGUCAACCGCUCUUUGUUCAUCUUCAGCGAGGAUAAUGUAAUACGGAAAUAUGCCAAAAAGAUCACCGAAUGGCCUCCAUUUGAGUACAUGAUCUUGGCUACUAUUAUAGCAAACUGCAUUGUGCUGGCCUUGGAACAACACCUACCGGCCUCAGACAAAACCCCAAUGUCAGAGCGUUUGGAUGACACAGAACCCUACUUUAUUGGAAUAUUUUGCUUUGAGGCUGGCAUCAAGAUCAUUGCCCUGGGCUUUGCGUUCCACAAAGGCUCCUACCUGCGUAAUGGCUGGAAUGUAAUGGACUUUGUGGUGGUCCUAACAGGGAUCCUGGCCACUGUGGGGGCUGACUUUGAUCUGAGAACAUUGAGGGCGGUGAGAGUGCUGCGACCACUCAAACUUGUCUCCGGGAUUCCAAGUCUUCAGGUGGUUUUAAAGUCCAUCAUGAAAGCUAUGGUACCACUGUUGCAGAUUGGCCUGCUGCUCUUCUUUGCCAUCCUCAUGUUUGCCAUCAUCGGCCUUGACUUCUACAUGGGGAAAUUUCAUCGCACCUGUUUCCGGAUUAACACAAGUGAGCAGACUGCAGAUUUCCCCUGUGGCUAUGAAGCUCCAGCAAGGACCUGUGCCAACGGCACUGUCUGUAGGGAGUAUUGGAUUGGACCCAAUUUUGGCAUUACCAAUUUUGACAACAUCCUCUUCGCUGUUCUCACCGUUUUCCAGUGUAUUACAAUGGAGGGAUGGGUGGAUAUCCUCUACAAUGCCAAUGAUGCCUCAGGGAACAUGUGGAACUGGCUGUACUUCAUCCCUCUCAUCAUCAUCGGCUCUUUCUUCAUGCUCAACCUGGUGCUAGGUGUGCUGUCAGGGGAAUUUGCGAAGGAGAGAGAGCGUGUGGAGAAGAGGCAAGAAUUCUUGAAGCUUCGCCGACAACAGCAAAUAGAGAGAGAGUUAACUGGGUACCUGGAGUGGAUCUGCAAAGCGGAAGAAGUGAUGCUGGCUGAGGAAGACAAGAACGCAGAAGAGAAAUCUUUGGAUGGAGCAUGGUACAAACGAAAACACAACAACUCUGUGCUAAAACGGACCAGGAAGAGUAAGAAUGAUCUCAUCAAUGCAGAGGAAGGGGAGGACCACUUUACUGACAUCUCAUCUGUUGGGUCGCCAUAUGCUCGGGCAAGUGUGAAGAGCAAGAAUGAGAGUUCAUCUUACUUCAGGAGGAAAGAGAAGAGGAUUCGCUUCACCAUCCGGCGUCUGGUUAAAUCCCAGAGCUUCUACUGGACAGUGUUAUGUCUGGUUGGCCUAAAUACACUGUGUGUAGCUAUAGUACACUAUGACCAGCCUGAGUGGCUUACCUAUGCACUAUACCUUGCGGAGUUUGUAUUUUUGGGCCUGUUCCUGGUGGAGAUGUCCAUGAAAAUGUAUGGUCUUGGACCCCAGAACUACUUUCACUCCUCUUUCAACUGUUUUGACUUCGGGGUGAUCAUUGGCAGUAUUUUUGAGGUGGUCUGGGCAGCCAUGAAGCCCGGGGCUUCAUUUGGAAUCAGUGUCCUGCGAGCACUGAGGCUGCUCCGGAUCUUCAAAGUCACCAAGUACUGGAACUCAUUAAGGAACCUUGUGGUAUCCCUACUCAACUCCAUGAAGUCCAUUAUUAGCCUGCUGUUUCUGCUCUUCCUCUUCAUCGUGGUCUUUGCUCUGCUGGGUAUGCAGCUCUUUGGUGGCCAGUUUAAUUUUGAAGACGAAACACCGACAACCAAUUUUGACACAUUCCCAGCAGCCAUUCUCACCGUCUUCCAGAUCCUAACUGGAGAGGACUGGAACGCAGUCAUGUACCAUGGGAUUGAAUCCCAGGGGGGUGUGCAUGGGGGAAUGUUCUCUUCCAUUUAUUUCAUCGUACUUACUCUCUUUGGAAAUUACACCCUCCUCAAUGUGUUCUUGGCCAUUGCUGUUGAUAAUCUUGCAAAUGCCCAGGAGCUCACUAAGGAUGAAGAGGAGCAAGAGGAGGCUAUUAAUAAGAAACUUGCCCUCCAGAAGGCCAAGGAGGUAAAGGAAGUCAGCCCCAUGUCAGCUGCUAACAUUUCCAUCACAGCCCUUCUUUCUCCAAAUACAGGCUUACUUAGUUGCAAUUCCUCUUGCUCGAGUGCCUUCAGUGAUAAGGAGCAGCAGAGGUCAGUGAAGACGAUGUCGGUGUGGGAACAAAGGGCCAGCCAACUGAGAAAACAGAACCACGCAAGCUGUGAGGCGCUGUACAGUGAGCUAACUUCAGAAGAGCGACUGCACAUAGCGUCAGCCCUACACAUGCGGCCAGACAUGAAGACUCACCUUGACCGGCCGUUGGUUGUUGAGCCCCACAGUGGCAGCAGCCAGCACCACCACAAGAAGACUUGCUUGUCAGAGGAGGCUGACACUGCCUCGGACCCACCUCCCCCUGUGCCUCACCAGCCCCGCCAUCAGCACUACCACCGAGACAGAGAACGAAAACAGGAAACUAAUGAUAAUGGGAGACAUCACAUCCAUCACAGCCGCUCCAAAAACCAUGACAGCAGCCGGGACAAACGGGGGAAGAGUGAGAGGUCCCACAGCCGGGAGGGAGGCAGGAAGCACCGCCAUCAGUGUUCAGUGGAUGACAGUGGAGGUUGGGGGAACGUAGGCGAGAGAGAUCACCACCAUCAUCAUUCACACCGGCAGUCCCGAGGUGGCAACGGGACAGUGAGUAGUGGAGGGAGGGGAGAGCGAAGAUCUCGCCACAAAGAUGGACAUUUGUCUAACAGGAAUGGAGAUAGGAAUUCCAGAGGAGGCAGUGGUGCCAGUGGAGAGAGAAGAAGGCAUCGCAUUCACGGAUCCAGGGGACACUCCACAGAAUCUAAUGAUAGAGAGAAGACCCAUAGUCAGAGGUUUGGCGAUUCAGAGGGUGAGUCCUUGGCUAUCACCCCCCAGCAAGGCUCUGGGGGCACUAGCUGGCCUCCUGACCAUAUAGAAGACUCAGAUAACCAGAGGAAUGUCAGACGAACUAGGCAAACCUCCAUCCAGAUUCCUCCUGUGACUAUCACCUCCCCACCUGGAGAGACCACCCUAAUACAAAUGAACAGUAUUGAUUGUGAAACAGUGCCCAUAAAUGAGAAGACCCUGGAGGAUCUAGGCCCAAGUGGGCCUAAACCCAUCCUGCCUUACAGUUCAAUGUUCAUCUUUGGACAGACCAAUCCGGUGAGGCGGUUGUGUCACUAUAUUGUGACUCUGCGUUAUUUUGAGAUGUCCAUCCUGGUUGUCAUUGCGAUGAGCAGUAUUGCUCUGGCAGCAGAGGACCCUGUCUGGACUAAUGCACCCCGCAACAAUGUGCUCAAAUAUCUGGACUAUGCCUUUACUGGUGUUUUCACUUUUGAAAUGGUGAUCAAGAUGGUAGACCUGGGGCUAUUGCUUCAUCCUGGAUCCUACUUCAGAGACCUGUGGAACAUCCUGGACUUCAUAGUGGUCAGUGGGGCACUGGUGGCAUUUGCUUUUUCGGGAACCAAAGGCAAGGACAUCAGCACUAUCAAGUCAUUGAGGGUUCUUCGAGUUCUCAGGCCUCUGAAGACCAUCAAGCGCCUGCCAAAACUCAAGGCGGUGUUUGACUGUGUGGUUAACUCUCUGAAGAAUGUGCUGAACAUCCUCAUUGUUUACAUCCUCUUCAUGUUUAUCUUUGCCGUCAUCGCAGUUCAGCUCUUCAAGGGGAAAUUCUUUUAUUGCACUGAUGAGUCCAAAGGCCUGGAGAAAGACUGCAAAGGACAAUUCCUAGAUUAUGACAAAGAUGAGGUGGCCGCCAUGCCCAGAGAGUGGAAAAAGUAUGAGUUCCAUUAUGACAAUGUGCUGUGGGCUUUUUUGACCCUCUUCACUGUCUCGACCGGGGAGGGCUGGCCAACUGUUCUGAAGCACUCCGUGGAUGCCACCUUUGAAGACCAGGGUCCCAGUCCAGGCUAUCGGAUAGAAAUGUCAAUCUUCUACGUGGUCUACUUUGUCGUUUUCCCCUUCUUCUUUGUCAACAUCUUUGUUGCUCUAAUCAUCAUCACCUUCCAGGAACAAGGAGACAAGGCCUUGUCUGAGUGCAGCCUAGAAAAAAAUGAGAGGGCAUGUAUUGACUUUGCCAUAAACGCCAAACCACUAACACGUUACAUGCCUGAGAACACACAGUCCUUCCAGUACAGGAUGUGGAAGUUUGUGGUAUCAGCUCCGUUUGAGUACUCCAUCAUGAUCAUGAUUGCUCUCAACACCGUGGUACUCAUGAUGAAGUUCUAUGGAGCUCCAGAGUUCUAUGAAGUAAUGCUAAAGAACCUCAACAUAGUGUUCACCACUCUCUUCUCUCUGGAAUGUAUUCUCAAGAUCAUUGCUUUUGGGCCAUUGAACUACCUAAAGGAUGCUUGGAACGUGUUUGACUUUGUGACAGUGUUGGGAAGCAUUACUGACAUCCUGGUGACGGAAAUCAAUACUACGGACAGGCUGCUCAACCUGAGCUUUCUGAGGCUCUUUAGAGCUGCUCGACUCAUAAAGCUGCUGAGGCAGGGAUACACCAUCCGCAUUUUGCUGUGGACCUUUGUUCAGUCUUUUAAGGCCCUGCCUUAUGUUUGUCUACUGAUUGCCAUGCUGUUCUUUAUCUACGCCAUCAUUGGAAUGCAGGUGUUUGGCAACAUUGAGCUGAAUGAGGAUACAGCUAUAAAUCACCACAACAACUUCCGCACAUUCCUUCAGGCUCUCAUGCUACUGUUCAGGAGUGCAACUGGAGAGGCUUGGCAUGAGAUCAUGUUAUCAUGCUUGAGUCACCGUACAUGUGAUGAGCGAUCAGGGACCCACGGAAAAGAGUGUGGCAGCGAUUUUGCCUAUUUCUACUUUGUCUCUUUCAUUUUUCUCUGCUCUUUCCUGAUGCUGAACCUGUUUGUGGCAGUCAUAAUGGAUAACUUUGAGUAUCUGACCAGAGACUCGUCCAUCCUGGGGCCUCAUCACCUCGAUGAGUUUAUCCGGGUUUGGGCUGAGUACGACCCAGCUGCGUGUGGCCGUAUCAAGUACCUCGAUAUGUAUCAGAUGCUGCUCCACAUGUCCCCACCCUUAGGUUUGGGAAAGAAAUGUCCGCCAAGAGUCGCCUACAAGCGCCUCGUCAAAAUGAAUAUGCCUAUUGCUGAUGACAACACAGUUCACUUUACCUCCACUCUGAUGGCACUGAUUCGCACAGCACUGGAGAUCAAGUUGGCGUCAGGAAUGGUAGCCCAGCGAUUAUGUGAUGCAGAGUUAAAAAAGGAAUUGUCCACAGUGUGGCCCAACCUUUCCCAAAAGACCAUGGACCUGUUGGUCACGCCACAUAAACCCAAUGAGCUCACAGUAGGGAAGGUUUAUGCAGCCUUGAUGAUCUUUGACUACUAUAAGCAGAAUCGAGCUAGGAGACUGCAGCAGCAACAGAGCGCUUUGGGCUCCCAGUGCAAGGUCGGGGCUCUAUUUAAGCCAUUGCUGCCUCUGACUCACAUACAGGAGAAAGACCUCCCUAAGAUGUUAAACAGUGUGGAGCCUCCCAGCAUGCUUAGGUACCAGUCUAAAUCCCAUGCCAAGUCUCAGCCACAGACCAGACCUAGCUCCAACUCGCUCAACAAUGGAGGCACUCUGCCAAGUCAAGAUCACACCAUCAAGCCAUCAUCUUCCUGGGUGAUUGAUAAACCCAAAGAAGUGCCAUGGGCUAAGAAUAAGAGAACGAUGUCCCGGGGCCCAUCUGAGGACACUUCAGACACUGCCAUCAAUCAGGAGUCGGUAGAGAUGAAGAAGAUGGAGACCAGUGUGAGCAGUAGAAUUCCAUUCACUGGCUCCGGUCUGGAAAACCAGGGCCGAGCUGCUUCGAUGCCUAGACUCAAUACUGAGCUGCAGCGGAGCCAUUCACGCCACUCUCCAGGGAUUCAUCUAGCUUCUGUCCCUGAUGCCAGCCCUAUGAAGCGCUCAGCCUCAACUGUGACCCCACAGCGGCCCCAAGAGGUCAAUUUAAGAGACUACACCCUGGAAAAACCAAGCCAGGAGAGAACCCACCACCAUCACCGUCGCUGCCACCACCGUAGAGACCGAGACAGAGAGAACAGACAGAGGUCUUUAGAUGCACCUUUGGCAGGUCAACCUCCCGGUUCUGCUGCUGCAGUGGGUGAGCCAGCAUCGGAAACAACAGCCUCCAGAGAGCGAGCCCAUGACCGUGGACGCUCCCAUGAAAGGAAACACCAUCAUUCCUCUGCAGACAAACAGCGCUACUACUCCUGUGACCGCUAUUGCAGCCGGGGACAGUGCCACUCGAAAUCUUCCACCGCCAGCUGUGCUGGCUCUCCAAGUGAAGGGCUGGAAACCAGCAACAAGCAGGGCAGUGGUUGGGUUAAAGGCAGCCCAGUGGCACUGAGCUCCAAUACUAGCACGUCAAGCCGUGGACGUCGACAGCUCCCCAAGAUCCCCCACACCCCGCGACCCGGGGUGGCUUACAAGACUGCCAAUUCCUCUCCUGUGCAUUUUGUGUCCAGCCAGACCUCUCUGAGUCCCAGCCGGCUAAGCCGUGGCCUCUCAGAGCACAAUGGCCUCCGUUACAGCGGCUCUCACCACUUCCCCUGCCCCGUCACUCGUAUCAGCUCAGAGCCCUUCCUGGGCCAGGGCAAGGCUCUGGGUAGCCUCUAUGGCAGCCUCCGGGACCAGCUGCAAGUCUUCCAGGAUAUGGCGGCGCUGUCUCCCAGCCCCUGUGCUGGACACUCCUCUUGGAACGCACUGCCUCACAUGAUGGGAGCCUUGUCUCCUGCUCAACAACAGAACAUUGGUAUGCCCAAUGGGUACCACAUCAGCUUUGGGGGUAGCACCAGCCCAGGCUCUGGCAUCAGGCCACCCAGGUGUUACCAGGAGGCAGUAAAGGAUGAAUGGUGCUAGCAUGGCUUUAAACAAACCUUUUUAAUGCAUUUUUGAGGAAUUGUGAUGAGUUUUAUCAUCUUCUUUGAAGGCUUUAGUUUACAGCAUCACUGUGUGUGUUUUAAUGCUUUAUUGUAAUCCUAACUUGGAGAUCUUAAGUUAUGGAGAACAUCUGAGGAGAAUGCUUUAAGGGGGUAAUAUUUGAAUGUGAAUAGAAAAGUAUCCUCUUUAUCAAAGCACUUGUAGCAGAAAGGCAGACUUUUUGUCAAUAUCAAAUGUCUUACAGUGUCUGUUUUUGAUUUGCUACUGACACCACCAUACUGAUCCUGAAGCAA